AUGAAGCAAGUUCCAAGUAUCAAACGAGACAUCCAGCAACUUGAUCAAAGGGUUAUUCCGACCAGCCAUGAGAACAAGAGGGAUAAGAUUGACGGUUGCCAUAGUUCCAGUUCGUUUGCGAAUCGAAGGGAGAAACUCCUUUUCAGGGCUGGAGAAGGGAAGUUUAUGCAGGCAAAGAUAUGCAUUACUCCCCACCACCAUGAGCAGCAACACGGUGUGAAAUCGGGUGGGGAGGGUGCCCAUGUUCAACGCCGUAGAGAGUCGGUACUCGCGAUUGUGACGCUUCCAGAGCAAAGGAGCAUACAUAACAUGCCUUUUCAUCCAGGCCCAGAAGCUAUGGGCACUGAUAAAGUAUCGCUGGGUAUCAUUCGAGAGACUGGUAAGACGUCGGAUAUGAGCAGACAUGCGAAUGACGGCAGACCAGAUGAGAAUAACGGCGAAGACGCUGCCUCCAGAUAG